AUGGCAGAGGUCUUUAAAUCCCCUACUUUGCUCUACUCCACUCCUGGGCUCCACUCCACUCUACCCUGGUGGCUGCGGUGCGAUUCUUCCAAGGAAUCGUCCAAAGAAGGCAAGAAGGAAUCUUCGAAAGAAAGCAAGAAGGAAAGCUCCAAAGAAGCGGGGAAGGAGGGGAAGGAAUCCAAGAAGGCGACGUCCAAAGAAGCCAAAGAGUCCUCGAAGGAAGCUAAGGAGUCAUCGAAAGAGUCCAAGUCGUCUUCCAAGGAAGCGAAGGAGGCGAAGGAAGCUAAGGAGGCGUCCAAAGAGGCCAAGUCAUCUUCCAAGGAAGCGAAGGAGGCGAAAGAGUCAAAGAAAGAGGCCAAGAAGGAGUCCAAGAAGGAGUCUGGUGCAAAGGAUUCUGGGAAGGAAGCGGCCGCCAAGGAGGAGGGCAAGGAUACUCUGAAGGAGCCGACGAAGAAUAAGAAGGUGGACUGCAAGCAGGAGAAAUGCCCUCAGAAUAAGAAGGUGGACUGCAAGCAGGAGAAAUGCCCUCAGGUGGCGGAGGACUGUGCUCUGGUGGUCAAGCAGACAGGAGCCUGCUGCGAGAGGUGCAAAGGAUGUUUCGAGGAAUGGGACUACAGCCAGGGGGUGUUUGUUACCGCCGAAUGUCAACAGGUAGAGUCGCUCUCGCAGCUUACUAAUGUGGAAGGGGUCAUCACUGAGGCCGAGAUGCAAUGUGUCGUGCACUGUAAGAACCCCAAGAUCCAUCCCAAGAAAUGCUGCCCGUCCUGCCCAGGAUGUAUCUUUGAGGGUCGUCUGUACAAGGAGAGGGAGGAGUUCCACCCGGAGGGAAAGCCAUGUAUCAAAUGCACUUGCACUGGAAGUCGUACGAUGUGCCACCGCGAGGUGUGUCCUGUUCUCUCCUGUCCACCUCAUCUGAGUCACACGCCAGCCGGACACUGCUGUCCCAAAUGCCUGGGCCAGAGGAAGGUUUUUGACUUGUCGCUGGGGAGCUGCCUGUUCCACAGCGAGGUCUAUGAGAACGGGACGUCCUUCAAGUACAACAACUGCACCACGUGCACCUGCAAGGAUUCCACGGUGGUCUGCAAGAGGAGGUGCUCCAAGCCAGGCAGUUGCCAUAGCGAUCAGGAGGGCUGCUGCGAUGAGUGCCUGUCUUACAUUAAGAUGGAGGAAGUGAAGUACUGUCGCGUCAAGAACAAAAUCUACAGGGAGGGGGACAGGUGGUCGGCUGUGAACUGCACUCUCUGCACCUGUGUGAAGGGCAACAUCCAGUGCCAGCCCAAGCAGUGUGUCCCCAUCACCAGCUGCCCAGCAAAUAAGAUACUGAAUCGAACCGGCUGCUGUCCCGUCUGCACUGAAAAGCCGGGUGUGUGUACUGUGUUUGGGGACCCGCACUACAACACGUUUGACGGGCGCACCUUCAACUUCCAGGGCACGUGUGAGUACGUGCUGACUAAGGACUGCUCCUCGGCCGCCAGCUUCCUGGUGCUGGUGAGGAACGACGCGCGCAGGACCAGAUCCUUCUCAUGGACCAAGUCCGUGGAGCUGCAGGUGUCAGGCCUGAGCGUCAGCCUUCAUCAGCACCUGACCGUGCGGCAUAACGGCACCCGCAUCGCGCUGCCCUUCCACAGCACCGGCGUCCACAUCGACCUGGACGGAUACCUCCUCAAGCUCACCGCCAUUGUAGGCCUGGAGAUCACAUGGGACGGGGACAGCUUUGUGGAGGUGGUCGCGGCCCCUCACCUGCGCGGACGCCUGUGCGGCCUCUGCGGCAACUACAACGGCCACAAGCGCGACGACACCAUCGGCGGCGACGGCGCCUUCAAGUUCGACGUGGACGAGUUUGCGGAGUCGUGGCGCGUGGAAGGGAACGAGGUGUGCACGCAGCCCCCCCGCCGGCCGACCUCCAUCCUCUGCCCCGGCUCCGUCAAGGUCAAGUUCCGGGCGCACCGCUCCUGCCAGAAGAUCAAGUCCUGGGAGUUCCAGAAGUGUCACCCUCUCGUGGAUUUCACCUCCUUCUACAGGUCGUGUGUGACGGACAUGUGUGAGUGCCCGCUGCAUAAGAACUGCUACUGCGAGUCCCUGAUGGCCUACAGCCGCGCCUGCGAGAGGGAGGGAGCCGUGGUGCUCUGGAGACCCGAGCAGAACUGCAUGACCACCCAGUGUAAACACGGCGCGGUGUACGACACGUGUGGCCCCGGCUGCACCAAGACGUGUGACAACUGGAAUGAGAUCGGCCCCUGCAGCAGGCCCUGCGUAGCGGGAUGCCACUGCCCCGCCAACCUGCUGCUGCACCACGGACGCUGCAUCAAGCCCACCGCCUGCCCGGGCCGAUGACACACGUGGCCAGGAGGGGGCGCCAGGGAACAACAACAACAACAA